UGGAAUUGGAAGAACCUAGCGGCACUCCGACCCAAACAAAGCCACUGAGCCUGAAUGAGGCGGGCCGUUCUUUGUCAAGGCAUAUCGAGGCAUAUGCUUCUGCGGAGACACCUAAUCCCUGGCUCGAUGUGACAGCGCUGACCAGCGUUAAUUUGAUUUUGAGCAUCCCAUGGCCUUUAAUGAAUUUUAGUAGCUCGGGACGUCUUGAGAAACCAUGGGAACCAGCCGAUCGACAGGUAAGAAAAAGAAAUGUAUUAGAACUUAAUGUGCUGCACUGUACACCAGGCAAAUAGGUUUCGACUAAUGUCCUCGUUGAUAGUUUACACACGUACGACUGCAUCGUUUGCCCUAGUAUGAAUGACGACUGUCUUAAAAGCAAAAUAUUCUGAAGGAUUAUGCAGCGUAGAUUUGUUUUUUUCAUCAUACUUAAAACGGCAAACUAUGCACUUAAAGCAUGCAGUUUACGUGUGAGAACUGUCAAACCGGACAUAGCAUAUGUAUUUAUGCAUAUGAUAUUUAUAUCCUGUUUGCCUGUUGCGCGUGAUAAAUGCAGAACAAUCGUUGCUAAUCGACGUUGCUAUAGACAUAUAAUUCCAAUGCAUUAAUAACGAAACAUUUUUGUAUGGGAUUUGAAUCUUUCGGACACCGUGUUGCACCCAGGCAAUCUGCCCUCUCCAUCCCCAAAAGGUACUACCUUUGCAAUGUUUUAUUAACUAGCCUUUAGCUCCAUCUAGAGACAAAUUCAGAUACCCAAGAAUAAUUGCAGUCUGAGGUAUCAGUUGUAUUGCCUUUUAUAACAAAUAAUCAGAAACAGGAUAAGCAGACACUUAAAACAAAAUUUAAUCUCAUAGAAACUCACAUUGAGCUCAAUAUUUUAUCAAAAUAUACAAAAAUAAUUGUGAUAUACUGAAUAUGAUACACAAGCUAUGUAUUCUCUAUGACAUUUGCAACUUUGUCACAUAAAAAAAACGUUUUCUGAAUUGUUACUUGAGGAGACGUACAGCAGUGAAUAAUUAUGGCUCCAAAGGUUUUUUGGGUGGGUUCUCUUCCUUCCUCUGUCUGAUAGAGGGUAGAACGCGGUAUCUGUUCAGUGUGGAAGGAGUGGGUGGAAUGAGGGAUGGGCUCGGUGGGGAUGGAAAACACAGCUUUGGCUGCUUGUUGUCCCUGACUUGUUGCAUGUACUGCCAACCGCUUGGAGGUAGUGAUUCUGGACUAGUGGAAGGUUGGAGUUUGAACCCAUGACUCUGUCCACUGUUGCUCCCAGAGGUCAGAACUGGCUGGAUGAAUGGGGGCUCUACUACACACGCCUGAUGAUUGGCCCCAUCUUGCCUGGUGGCCUGAACUCAUGGAUCCCUUUCAUCAGACGUGCUCCCCAGGUGUCUGCCAAGCCUCGACCACCAGACUAGCUGUGAAGAAGGAGUUAUUUCUCUCCCCUUUCUGUGGACCGACAUGGUUUCUUCUAUUGUGAAGGCCAUAGACAUGGAGCUAGCCUAUCGGGGGUUAAGUGCAAGAAUAAAAUAAUGAUCUGCACAAUUAGCUCAGGUUCAAGCCUGCAGUUGUAGGCACUGGGAUCUCCAGGACUGCUUUAAUUAGGGAUGUGGAGGGAGGGUCCCCCCUUGUACCCAUAGUGACGUCUGGGAGAAAUAAGUGUCUACCAGAAACCUCGUCCCUGCAGGCUGUGCAAUGCCUGCCAAUGCCAGCGUCCUUUCCCUUGGGAACUAUAGCCUCCAUUCAUAAAACAACAGUCAUAAUUUAUGAGGGGCUUUAAACUAACCAUGAAUCCAGGGCAAGGUAAGUCAUAGGUAACGUGCUUCAGUAAGUUGGGCUUUUUCACCCAGUUAGUGCAAUCUGAAGUUUUUGCUUUCCUGCAAUUUGCACAUGGCCUGAUUUUCAGUUUUUCUUUACCAACUAAUGAGAAAUAUCCAUUGUACAUUGACUGCAUGCCUGUGAUCUAAAUAAUUAGAUUCAGAUUAGAUUUCAAGUCCUCAAAUUAGAUUCCUGCAGUUCCGAGAAAGUCAUUUUUCAUUUAUAUUCUAUUAUAAAGCUGGAAACAGUAGGUCAAAAGGUAUUAAGUCUAUGCACCACAAGUGGAGCAAAAGCUUCUGUUCCAUAGGCUGUGUGGGUCUGAAAAGACAGUCAAAGAGGCGAGAACCCAGAACCCAGAUCUCCAUCUCUCCACCUUCCCCACACCCCUCUCCCCACCAGCACCAUCUAGCACCAUCUUCGGAUGGGUCGAGGGAGGGACUGGAGCAGCUCGGCACAGAAGAGGGGGAAACUGUGCCCGCUGCAGUGGGAGCAAGAAGGGGCGGCGGAGAGGACAGUUUAAUCAGAGGACAUCAAAGCAGCCCAUGGGAGGGGGGGGCGGAGGGAUGAAAGAGUGCCGCGCGUUUAUUCCAUGCCAUCUCGCUCUGCCCGAGUUAGCUUACAGAUCCCAGCGCCAUUGUGCGCCAGCGGGUGCAUGGAAGGGGCUGGAACCAGCAGUCGGCUCAGUCCUCAGUUCGGACGCUCCAAGAGGGGAGGAGCAGUGGGAUCUUCCGCCAUCCUCCGCGGGCGGCACAGCCCUUUCAUUCGCCGCCCGCCACAAAGCAAGGGUCCCCUUUUUUGACGUCCCGGCGAAAUUGGCCGGUCGCAAGCCCGCCAGAGGUACUCCGUGUCACUGGGAGUUGCGCGUGCGCACGCGCGCACACGUACGCUGGCACUGUUCGCCAUGCCGUCAGCGUUGGCUCCCGGGCCGAGCCAGCUGAACCCUUUUGACAAGUGUUUUCAGCGGCGACGCCGGCCUUUCAUCGGCGAGCGCGUAGCGAUCUGUCGGGCCGAGCGGCGUCUGUGAAGUUGACUCCAAUUCGCAUUUGCGUGGGAUCCGCACUUUUCCACUGGCUGUUUCUUUCUAACUAAAGACUGAAUAUAAAUUUAUUGCAGUGCAUUUGAUUGUCGAAUGUGCUUCUGUAUCAGUAUCCAUGUCUCUGCAGUUAAUACGUCUGUCUGUGGAAACAAAUUUUUUAACCAUUUUUCCUGUGGACCCUAGGCACAUCUAUGUUUGAUUUUCACUUCUCAAAAGCUCAGGUGUCAAACUCCAGUCCUGGAGGGCUGCAGCGUCUGCUGGUUUCGAGAUGUUCUCAGCACCAGUGGUUCAAGUCAUUGACUGGCUAAAGAAUCCACACUCCUUGUUCCCAAAGGCUUAAUUGACAGCUGAUUGAAAGGAAACCACAAAUACCUGCAGAUGGCUCCCUGGGAAUUUAGUUUGACUCCCCGAUGUACACAAUCACACUUUAUUUGACAGUCCUGUUUAAAACCAAACAGAAAAGGAAUAUAUAUAUAAUAUGUAUAUGUACAAAAAGUGUAUAAGUGUAAGUGUAGAGCAAGGUCCUGAAAGCAGGCUUCCUUUUAGAACUGCGUAUAUGGGCCACACAUUUUCCAUGUGCUUGUUUAUAAAACAGUGUAUGAAUAACAUGGAAAUGAAGAAUAUACCUUAUUUAAGUAUGCAUAGCUGCUACUUAAUAUUCUAUUCUACAAGACACUUGUAGACCUAGAAAAUAUUUGUGAUGCAUCUUAACCUUUUCUUCUUAAUGACCAGCUCUUAGAACAUAUAGUAACCAACUCUAAAUUGUUUAUGUAUUUGUUUAAAAAAAGUGAAAAAAUUGUACAGAUCUACUUCCUUUUUUAACCUGUGCUAUUCCAGUUUGGUUUUAACGGGAGCCUUAGACUGCUUUUAUUAUUUAGAAUUAUUGAAUAUUAAUUAUUGAAUUAAUUUUGAAUAUCUUUUAUAUUUUGCUUGAUACUGUCAUGUUUUGUAUGACCAGUGUCAAACCAGUUUUUAAGUUACCUUGCAAACUGCAAUGCACAUUUACUGACAAUCAUCAAUCUUGCUGACUGUAAUAUAUGUUUAUUUUUUGUUAUUAUUUAUGUAACGAAAGUUCAGCUGAGAAAGACAAAAGUGAUAUGAAUCGACAAUAUUUUAAUGGAGGGCAUAAAAGCGUGGAAAUGAUCAAGGGAAGCGGCUCGUCUGUGAUCGUUAAGGGGACAGCUUUGAAGUAGGCAGGCUCUGUGUGAUGUGGAGGACAAUGCCUCCUUUGAGGGACAGGCAGAAUGGCAGACGUUCCCCUCUCCUCUCUCCCUCUCCCCCCACAGCCUCCUCCUCCCCCUUCUUUUUCCAAGCAUUACAGUCCACAGCCAUCACUUCCCCCCAAGUUUCUAACGCUAAUGAAUUCAAACAACCCCUCACCCCAUACACACACACUCACCAGCACCACUCACCCCCCUCUGUUUCUCCUCCCUCCCCUCUCUUUCUUUUGACAAAACCAAACCACUUUAUAAUUUCCAGCCUUGGCAAGUUGCACUCCAUUUGCUGUUACCAUCUUAAUGAAUUCAGCUGUUUGUGCAUUGGCCAUGGGAGCACUCCCCCCUCCCCUCCCCCUUCCGUCACACCCUGAGGGACUCUAUAUAUACCCCAUGCUACUACACGCACCUAUUGUUCCCCUAAGUAAACUUGCAGACAGAUGCCCUACGUAACAGUGUGGGAGAAAGCUGAGACACUAGGGAGGCGGGAGAGAGUUGCCGCAGAAACCUUGAGACAAAAGCAGUUGCGGGGGAUUUCUGGAACUGAACUUGGUCCAUACAGUUCUUUUUGCCGUUUCCUCCACAGGUGAUCUAAAAGAUGCUGCUACUGGCAUCGCUGCUGCUGAUGAUUUUUUUGGACUGCAGGCUGGCUGCACCAGCUGGGAGAGAGGUGUACACCAUGCCCCAGAGUGCACUGCAAGCCCUAUCUGACAGGGGUACGGUGGUGCUGGAGGCGGCCCUGGCCAGUGCUCUGUCGGCCCUGGAGCAGGCAGUAUCGGAUCGCAGCCGGGCCGAGUCGGGCUGCAGGGGCUGUGUGCCCUGCCUCUUUCAGGACUGCGGACAGCGCUCGGGGCCCUGCGGUCAUUCCCCCGACGCGUACGCCACCGAGCCAAGCUGUGAGGUCAUCAGCCAGACGCAGAGGCUGCUGGACGAGAGGGAGCGCAACUGGGCAUUGAGCCAAGCAUGCGGGUUCUACCGGCGGCGCUGCCCAGCGACGGAGCUGGGGAAGGAGAGCUGCAUUCGGGUGAUGGGGGAGAGUUGCAGUGCCCGCGUCCUGCAGUGUAGUCUACUCAACACCAUGAACAACCUGGAGCCCGCCCCACAAACCAAAAUACAAGCUGUCUGUGGUCAGCGGGUCCCAGCGGUGCAGAACCUCACUCAGCCUCGAUCCAGGAUUGUGGGGGGAUCUCUGGCCCCUCCAGGAAGCUGGCCCUGGUUGGUCAACCUGCGGUUGGAUGGUGGGAUGAUGUGUGGAGCCGUGCUGGUGGACAGCUCCUGGGUGGUGACAGCUGCCCACUGCUUCUCUGGAAGCCGAAGUGAGAAUUAUUGGACAGCAGUGGUGGGGGAGUUUGACAUCACAAAGACUGACCCGGAGGAGCAAGUCAUGAGGGUGAAUCGCAUUAUUACUCAUCCCAAGUUUAAUCCAAAGACCUUCAACAAUGACAUUGCUCUGGUGGAACUGACCUCCCCAGUGGUGCUCUCUGACCGUGUCUCCCCAGUCUGCGUGCCCUCUGGGCAGGAGCCCCCUGUGGGGACCCCUUGUUUGGUGGCUGGGUGGGGCUCAAUGUAUGAAGAUGGGCCGCCUGCAAACACAGUGAUGGAAGCCAAGGUUCCCCUCCUCCCCCAAAACACCUGUAAGAACGCACUUGGGAAGGACCUGGUCACCAAUACAAUGUUCUGUGCUGGCUACCUGUCAGGGGGCAUUGACUCCUGUCAGGGUGAUUCUGGGGGUCCCCUGAUCUACCCGGACCGAAUUUCAGGGCGCUUUCACUUGUAUGGCAUCACGUCUUGGGGCGACGGGUGCGGAGAGAAAGGGAAGCCUGGGGUGUACACUAGGGUCACUGCCUUCUCAGACUGGAUCUUGGCUGAGAUUCAGAAAUCCUCUGGUAGUCGGGAACCGACAUGUCCGGAGUUGCUGAAGACAUCUGAACUAUCUGAGGAGCAGCAGAGGUCAGAGUUCAGGUCUCUCUGCCGCUUCUACACCCUCACUUGUCCCCAUUCUCAGGGUGCUGCUGCUUGCAUCAGGAUGACUGAGGACAAGUGCUAUAACCGCUACAAGAAAUGCCAACUGCACUCCUUCCUGCAAACACUACUUGAUCUCCUGCAGCGUGCCGAGGACUACAUCAGGGACAAGGUGGACCUAACAUUUUUCACGCAAACACUGCCCCAGCUGGUGGAGCACAUUUACAGCACCGCCUUCCCAGGCCGGGAGCGCCGCCAGGCUCCGGAACAAACAGAACAGGUAGGAGUGACCGCUGCACCAGAAGAAGUGGGUCUUCACUCACCCCCUCUGUUUGAAGAGGUUGGACCCCUUGUGAAUGAUUGGGCUAAUUACCUGAGAGGUAUUGCAGAAGUUCUGAACCACAAUCCCACUAGCCAAGGUCAUCAGCUACUACUUCAGGAGAAGAGGCUUUUCCUCCAGGGAGAGGAUGGCACUCUUCACCAGCUGGAAGGAGAAUAUCGCUCUCUGAUCAAUCAGCUCCGCUCCAGGUUGGGCCCUGCAGUCGCCCUUGCUAACGUGAGCGCAGAUCCCACAGUUCAACAAGACAGAGACAUUUCUUCUUCUGCUGGGGCUGAAAGGGGAAUGCCAUCCCAUACCUCCGCUCAAUCUCAGGGAACGAUUUCUACAUCCAUUGUUCGUGCUGCCCAGGAAUUCGGAGAACAAACUACAAAAACCCCCUCAGAAAUUCCAGCUACGGAUGCGUCUUGGGAUAGGACUAUGGCGCAUAGUCGGCAAGUGUCAUGGCUGAAUCCACCGUUGUCAUCUCGUUCAGCUCCUCACAUGGACACCCCUGAUGGCAGAGAGCCAAUGACUUCUGACCCUACACAGAUGCCUCAACUUGUUGCUCCCACACUUUACCCUUUCAACAAAAAUCCUGCACCCAGAAGACAAACAGUUCAACGAAGACGCAGAGGUCUGCACAAGAGGCAGCUGUCUGGGGUGAACAACAAAGUGUGCCCAGGGGUUGUGGAGUCAACGCAGCAAGUCAGUGUGAUCAGACAGUCAUACCGCUGGGUACUGGCAAUCCCAAGCAAAAACCUCAGCAUGAAUUUCCAAGAGGUGCUGGUGGAUCUGGCCUCCAAGAAUGAGCGAGGCCUAUAUGAGGCACGGAUCCGAGCCAUGGUCGCAGGCCGGCCCCUUACCUUCUACAGCCUCGUGGGAUUGGAGAGCGAGGCGUUCUACCGAAGCAUGCCCCGUGUCAUUGCCAUGGCACUGGACACACUUAAGGCAUGAAUGAGCCGAAAAGGAAUGCAAACCACAGUAUUUCGGACAGAUAUCAAUGGGGGCAUUCUGUCUUCCCCAGAGGACAGGUCUGACAGCACAUCUGAAAGUACUGCUGAUUUUACACAAGUGCAGAAGAGACAAUACAGAUUUUUACACAAUCUUGAUGAAUUUCUGGCUUGCUGCUGGACACAGGAAAGAAUAUAUAGCACCCAUAUUGGAAGUGAAAUCUGGCCAAAUACUUCUCGCAACGUGUCCGUCAAUAAAUGUGUGUUAGACAUUUUUUGCCUUCUUGCUUAUCACGCUGUUCUCCCAGACCUCUCCCUGAGACCUGCAGUGUGGAAUGUCAAUGUAUUGACAGUUUAAGAGACAAGGUUCUUCUGAGUUGUCUGAGUGCCCUGUCACAGACUGGCAAGCAUAUUCAUCAAAAUUAUAACUCUGAAAUGUUCUGAACUCAUGUCAGUUGAAUGUAGAGGGAAUGGCUGAAGAUAACCAAUUUUUAAAACAAGACCAGGUCAAAACCUAGUAUAUGGCUAGACCGGCCAACCAAUGGUGUAACUUUAUAACUCGUCUGACCAACGGUGUAACUUCAUCACUCAGUCACAGACAUUCGCGUUUAUAGGGCUGGUCCAGCCAAAAAUUUCUACAAUGGGUCGCUUCACCCAGCUGGUAUAACUCCCUCAGACCUAACUUAUGAGCCUGUUUGUGUGGAUAUUUGUCAAAUAAGUUAUUCAAAAUGGCUGAUUUUGCAAUGGUUAAACCUCUUGUGAAAAAAGCUAAAUGUAAAAAUAUGGUAAUUUUCAUUAUGGAGAUAUUUAUUUGUAUAUAGAAAUGUAUUUUUGUAAUAAAAAUAUAUAAACAA